GAACGGGAAGCGAGAGAGUGGAGGGCCUCGGGAGGGAGCCGCUGAGGUGCAGGUCGGAGAGGCCGGGCUACGUUGUGCCCCGCGCGUGAACAGCUUCAGCGGCAGAGGCAGCAUCCAACCGUGGUGCCAGCAGAUCCAGCCCGUUGCUUUACUUUUUUUGCUGCACCAAUAUAGUCAUUAUGCCGAAGAGAAAGUCCCCAGAGAAUACAGAAGGCAAAGAUGGAUCCAAAGUAACCAAACAGGAGCCCACGAGACGGUCUGCCAGAUUGUCAGCAAAACCUGCUCCACCAAAACCUGAACCUAAACCAAGAAAAGCAUCUGCUAAGAAAGAACCUGGAACAAAGAUUAGCAGAGGUGCUAAAGGAAAGAAGGAGGAAAAGCAGGAAGCUGGAAAGGAAGGUACUACACCAUCUGAAAAUGGUGAAACUAAAGCUGAAGAGAUCCACAUCUCUCGCUCAACUGUUAAUGUCUCAGCCUCCAGAAGUACCCCACCCAGCACACUGUCAGUAAAGGGGCAGAUUGAAACAGUGAGAGUUAAGGGCACAGAAAACUGAAUCUGUAGAUAACGAGAGAGAAUGAAUUAUCAUGAAAAUUGGGGUUGAUUUUAUGUACCUCUUGAGACAACUUUUAAAAGCUAUUUUUACCAAGUAUUUUGUAAAUGCUAAUUUUUUAGGAGUCCACUAGUUGGCAUACAAAAUCUAUAAGGAUGGACAUUUUGCCCUCUCAUAGUACUUUUUGGAAAUCUCCAUCAUCCUCAAGCAAAAUAAAUAUCAAUUUAAUAUUGGAAGCUGUAUGUAAAAUUGACUCAGCAUUCCAUACAUUUGCUUUAAAAAAACUUGGUCCUGUGCAUAUGUGGUGUUUUUACUGUGCAUAUUUAAAUUUUUCAUGCAGUUUUUCUAGAGCAAUAAUCAGUGGUGCUUUUGUACCUAGGUUUUAUGUGAUUUUAAUGAAACAUGGAUAGUUGUGGCCACCUGCUGACUAUUUGUGGUUUAAAAUAAAAGGUUUUCUUGUCUGCAAA